UUGCUCUCGUCGCAGAAGGGUCCUAAGACCACACUGAAAGGUGUUUUUAUCCAUCCUGUCUACUGGGAAGUUGCCCUUCUUUAGCUACAUUUUAAUAUCAUAGGUCUUUAAAUGGAUGAGAUGGCUACCACUCAGAUUUCCAAAGACGAACUUGAUGAACUCAAAGAGGCCUUUGCAAAAGUAAAUCUCAACAGCAAUGGAUUCAUUUGUGACUACGAACUUCAUGAGCUUUUCAAGGAAGCUAAUAUGCCAUUACCAGGAUAUAAAGUGAGAGAAAUUAUUCAAAAACUCAUGCUGGAUGGUGACAGGAAUAAAGAUGGGAAGAUAAGUUUUGAUGAAUUUGUUUAUAUUUUCCAAGAAGUCAAGAGCAGUGAUAUUGCCAAAACCUUCCGCAAAGCAAUCAACAGGAAAGAAGGGAUAUGUGCUCUGGGAGGAACUUCAGAGCUGUCCAGUGAAGGAACCCAGCAUUCUUACUCAGAGGAAGAAAAAUAUGCUUUUGUUAACUGGAUAAACAAAGCUUUGGAAAAUGAUCCCGACUGCAGACAUGUUAUACCAAUGAACCCAAACACUGAUGACCUGUUCAAGGCCGUCGGUGAUGGAAUUGUGCUUUGUAAAAUGAUCAACCUUUCAGUUCCUGACACAAUUGAUGAAAGAGCAAUCAACAAGAAGAAACUUACAUUUUUCAUCAUUCAGGAAAACUUGAACUUGGCCCUGAACUCUGCUUCUGCCAUUGGGUGUCACGUUGUGAACAUCGGUGCAGAAGAUUUGCGGGCUGGGAAACCUCAUCUGGUUCUGGGACUUCUUUGGCAGAUCAUUAAAAUCGGUUUGUUCGCCGACAUUGAAUUAAGCCCUUGGCUGCUCUGCUUCGGGAUGGUGAGACUUUGGAGGAGCUCAUGAAAUUGUCUCCGGAGGAGCUUCUGCUCAGAUGGGCAAACUUUCAUUUGGAAAACUCGGGCUGGCAAAAAAUCAACAACUUCAGUGCUGACAUCAAGGAUUCCAAAGCCUAUUUCCAUCUUCUCAAUCAAAUCGCUCCAAAAGGACAGAAGGAAGGUGAACCACGGAUAGAUAUUAACAUGUCAGGUUUCAACGAAACAGAUGACUUAAAGAGAGCUGAGAGUAUGCUUCAACAAGCAGAUAAAUUAGGUUGCAGACAGUUUGUUACCCCUGCUGACGUCGUCAGUGGAAACCCCAAACUGAACUUGGCCUUUGUGGCUAACCUGUUUAAUAAGUACCCAGCCCUCACGAAGCCAGAGAACCAGGAUAUUGACUGGACUCUGUUAGAAGGAGAAACUCGUGAAGAAAGAACCUUCCGUAACUGGAUGAACUCUCUUGGUGUCAAUCCCCAUGUAAACCAUCUCUAUGCUGACCUGCAAGAUGCCCUGGUAAUCUUACAGUUAUAUGAACGGAUUAAAGUUCCUGUUGACUGGAGUAAAGUUAAUAAACCUCCCUACCCGAAACUUGGAGCCAACAUGAAAAAGCUAGAAAACUGCAACUAUGCUGUUGAAUUAGGGAAGCAUCCUGCUAAAUUCUCCCUAGUUGGCAUUGGAGGGCAAGACCUGAAUGAUGGGAACCCAACCUUGACUUUAGCUUUAGUCUGGCAGCUGAUGAGAAGAUAUACCCUCAAUGUCCUGGAGAAUCUCGGAGAGGGUCAGAAAGCUAAUGAUGACAUCAUUGUCAACUGGGUGAACAGAACAUUGAGUGAAGCUGGAAAAUCAACAUCCAUUCAGAGUUUUAAGGACAAGACGAUCAGCUCCAGUUUGGCAGUUGUGGAUUUAAUUGAUGCCAUCCAGCCGGGCUGCAUAAACUAUGACUUAGUCAAGAGCGGCAAUCUCACAGAAGAUGACAAGCAUAAUAAUGCCAAGUAUGCGGUGUCAAUGGCUAGAAGAAUCGGAGCCAGAGUGUACGCGCUCCCUGAAGACCUUGUAGAAGUAAAGCCCAAGAUGGUCAUGACCGUGUUUGCGUGUUUGAUGGGCAGGGGCAUGAAGAGAGUGUAAAAUAGUCAAUCCGCAUAAAAUAACCUUGGUCCCAGGUGCAUGAUUCGCAAGUCGGCUAUUUCCAGGCAAAGUGCUCAUGGCUUAAGAAACUCUUGGUCAUUUAAAGGACUUUUGUUUUUGAUUAACAAGACUAGCUCGUCAUGAGAGCUCUGUGGGGAACGAGUUGUAAUAAAAAUAACUCCUCUUUCUCACAGUCAAUGUUGGAUUGUCAGGCACACCUGAAAUGCGCUCAUAGCCAAACCGUCUUACUCUCUCCUAGGAUACUGCCCUUCACCUUCCCUGUGGCUGUGUGUAUCUUUUUCUUCCAUCUUAGAAUAUCCCGCCCUUGGGACUUGCUUCGAUGAUUAGAUACGAAUAUUAUUAGUAAGUUUGCUUUCCAUCCAAUAUGCUAGUUCUUAUUCAGGAAGUAUGAUCGGAGGGUAUUUGGAUAUGCAUAUCCUUUGCUUAUCGAUGUAGUACUGAAAAUUUGCCAAGGUCACUGGCUGUCCAGAAUGUAUUAGAAACUUUCCUUAUUCUUUUAUUCUUAAAAAUCAGUAUCUUUUUACAGUAUUCUUUCUACGUGAUCCUUUUUUGUACAUUUAAGAAUAUUUUGAUUAUCUUAAACAGGACUGCAGAUUUUGCUACUUUUUUUAAGGGGUCUUCAAGUAAGUAAAAUCAUACAUAAUAGGUAGAAGAAAAAUGUACUUGAAGUUGCAUCAUCCCUCUCUCAUCCAAGCUGUACACAAUUGAAAUAUUUUGUCUUAAAUUACUUGAUUCAAUACGUGCUUGUUUGUGUUACAACCUACAUCACCAAACUCUCUCUUUAAAUUUAAAAUGCUGGUGACUAUGACACUUUUGAGGAGAGAGUGUGCUCAGAACUUAGGCAGGAUUUGGUAGGCCGUGUAUGCUGUGUGUACGAUAUAUUUUUUAAUGUUACACCUAAAAUAAGGACAUGUGGUCACUAAAAGGAAAAAUAUAAAUGUAGGACUUAUGUACUCUUGCUUUGUCAAGCUGUUUGCUCUAGUUUUUAAGAUCAUUCUGUUACUCUAACUCUGAAAAGUGAUAUAAUCUGGUAGCAACCUAGUAGUUCCAAUAAAGGCAUUUACGUAAUUAAUA